CAGCUGUCAUGGCUUCCCCCUUUUGCCGGUGUCUGCACAUGGAUUUCUAGCCCUGUGGAUGCCUUCACGGUAACUGUCAUCUCUACAUUUCGGCGACUUUAGACACGUCUCCUUUCUUUUUUUUUUUUUUUUUUUUGCUUACGCUUGUGGGACCCUUUUAGGAACUUGGUCUGCAACGAUGUGCGGGGUGCUGUGGACCCCGGAGCUGGCGGUUCUCAGGGGCUUCUCUACGGAGGCUGAGCGGCAGCGGUGGAAGCAGGACGGAGAGUGUGGCUCAGAGAGUGAAUCGUUCUUACAGUUGCUGUUCGAAGGGAACUAUGAGGCUGUGUUCUUUCAUUCAGUGACUCAAAAUAUUCUAAAUUUAUCAACAAUGGCUGAAGAAAAGAUUGACAGCUACCUGGAGAAGCAGUUAGUAACAUUCCUGGAUUGCUCUGCAGAUUUGGACAAAACAGAAAGACAACAGCUGAUAUUCCUGCUUGGUGUGAGCAGUUUGCAGCUCUUUGUUCAGAGCAACUGGACGGGGCCUCUUGUAGAUUUGGACCCCCAGGAUUUUUUGCCAUCUGUCUUGCUGCAGCAAUUUAAUGAGGUCAAAGAACUGGAUGUCGUUGUUCUGAGCCUGCUCAUUCUGGAUGGUGAAUCAGUCUACAGCCUGACCACAAAACCUAUCCUGCUCCUGAUUGCACGCAUUAUCCUAGUGAAUAUGAGACAUAAGCUGACAGCCAUUCAGAGCUUGCCAUGGUGGACUUUGAGAUGUGUGAAUAUUCACCAGCAGUUGCUUGAGGAACGCUCACCCCAGCUUUUUGCUCUUGCAGAAAAUUGUAUUGAUCAAGUGUUGAAACUUGAGAAUCUGUUUGUAGGUGAUUCGGGUCGAUAUUUGGCGAUUCAGUUUCAUCUGGAAUGUGCAUAUAUAUUUUUAUAUUAUUAUGAGUAUAAAAAAGCAAAAGAUCAGUUUAAUAUUGCUCAAGACAUUGGCAAAUUGUAUAUUGAUUUGACAGGUGCUUUAGGAAAAAGAACACGAUUCCAGGAAAAUUAUGUAGCUCAACUGAUUCUAGAUGUAAGAAGGGAAGGGGGCGGCCUUUCAAAUUGUGAAUUCAGUCCAGCACCUACCCCUCAGGAGUGUUUAACCAAGAAUCUUGAACUCAAUGAUGAUACUGUUCUGAAUGAGAUAAAGUUCGCAGAUUGUGAGCAGUUUCAGAUUCCUGACCUGUGUGCUGAAGAGCUUGCUGUUAUCCUUGGAGUCUGCACAAAUUUUCAAAAGAAUAACCCAGUGCAUAAAUUAACUGAAGAGGAGCUGCUGGCAUUUACAUCAUGUUUGCUUUCACAACCAAAGUUCUGGGCCAUUCAGACGUCAGCCUUGAUCCUGCGGACAAAACUGGAGCGAGGAAGCACACGCCGAGUGGAGCGGGCAAUGAGACAGACGCAGGCCCUUGCAGAUCAAUUUGAAGAUAAAGCAACGUCUGUGUUAGAACGACUGAAAAUUUUCUAUUGCUGUCAAGUACCACCUCACUGGGCCAUCCAGCGCCAGCUUGCAGGUUUGCUGUUUGAGUUGGGAUGCACCAGUUCAGCCCUUCAAAUAUUUGAGAAGCUGGAAAUGUGGGAAGAUGUGGUCAUUUGUUACGAGCGGGCUGGGCAGCAUGGCAAGGCUGAAGAAAUUCUCAGACAAGAGCUGGACAAAAAAGAAACACCAAGUUUAUACUGCUUGCUUGGAGAUGUCCUUCGAGAUCACUCCUGCUAUGACAAAGCCUGGGAGCUGUCCCAGCACCGCAGUGCCCGGGCCCAGCGCUCCAAAGCCCUCCUUCAUCUUCGGAACAAGGAGUUUCAGGAAUGUGUGGAGUGCUUUGAACGCUCGGUGAAGAUUAAUCCUAUGCAGAAUGCUGAGGCUUGGAACAAUUUAUCAACUUCCUAUAUCCGAUUAAAACAAAAAGUAAAAGCUUUUAGAACCUUACAAGAAGCUCUCAAGUGUAACUACGAACACUGGCAAAUCUGGGAAAACUACAUCCUCACCAGUACUGAUGUUGGAGAAUUUUCAGAAGCAAUUAAGGCUUAUCACCGGCUCUUGGACUUAAGAGACAAGUAUAAAGACGUUCAGGUCCUUAAAAUUCUGGUCAGGGCGAUAACCAAUGGAAUGACUGAUCGAAGUGGAGAUGUUGCCACUGGUCUCAAAGGAAAGCUACUAGAAUUGUUUGGCAGAGUAACUUCAAGAGUGACCAAUGAUGGUGAUGUCUGGAGGCUGUAUGCCCAAGUAUGUGGGAAUGGGCAGAGUGCAAAGCCCGAUGAGAACGAGAAGGCAUUCCAGUAUCUCUCGAAGGCCUACAAAUGUGACACACAGUCCAGUUGUUGGGAGAAAGAUAUUACAUCAUUUAAAGAAGUCAUUCACAGAGCGUUAGAGUUGGCACAAGUGGCUGUAAAAUGCAGUGAAAACAAACCUAAUCCUCAAGAAGCUGUACAGGUGCUUUCCUCAGUUCGACUCAACUUGCAGGGUUUAUUAUCUAAAGCAAAGCAACAUUUUACGGAUGUGACAAGUGGAGGAAUUUCCAGUGAGUUAGCAGAGGACAUAGCAGCUAUGGAUGCCUCGGUAACGGAGCUUCAAGACCUCAGCAACCAGUUUCGCAAUCAGUAUUGAUCAUGCUAGGGACAGUUUCUGGAAAAAGUGUUUUCACCUUCUGGAAUUCCUCCUACACUUGUAUAUCAGAAACACAAGAUACUGAUUUUUUAAAAUAAAUUUGUUUUAUGGCUAACAUUCUUGUUUUUGUGAGAUUCCCAAAUGUUUGCACUUUCCGAAAUAUAUUACAGUUUUUUUUUAAAGUCCUUAAUUCUGUAGGCCCAGUUAUAGUUAAAUUCAGUAUUUAUAUUAUUCUUGAGGUAUUUCAGCACAAAGAACAAAAUAUGAGUUUUCUUUUUAAUGUAGGGCUUAUUCUCUCUCAGCCUAACAUAAAUUGGAUCAUUCUUUGGAAAAACUAAGUCUAAACAGGAAAAAAAAAAUUAUAUAUUACAAGUUGGUGGAAUCAUUAGAUUGGCUGCUUUAUUGUCCAAGAGUGAUAAAAGAAUGGAUUUGGAAAUGGAAACAUUUACACUUUUUAAAUUUUUGUGUUUGUGUCAGAAAGAUACAAACUUGGCUAAAUUGGAAGUGUGACUAUGAUUUAACAUCUAAAUCAAGAAAAUGCAAGAAAAAAUGUGACAUAACCCAAGUUAUGACUCAACUGUUAGCCACUAGUAACCAGGCUGUUACCUCCUCACAGUGUAUGCUGCCAGCCCUAGAGAUGUUGUUUAACAAGGUUAUUAUGGUUGAAUGCAGCCAUAAAUGGUGCCAUAUUACAAAAAUGCCAAAGUAAAAUGCUUUCUUAGUAAUGUCUAUGGAAACAAAUAUUGGAGUCAGCAGCUGAGCUUAAUAAUCUCAGUACAAAAAUCAUUGUGAAGAAUUCAGUUACUGGCUUGGGUUGCUAGAUGUUGGGACCAUGCAUAAGUCACUUGACCUUUGUUUUUUUCCAUGUGAAUAAUUCUGACUUGUAGCAUCUUUGUGAGUUUCGACUGCAUUUGGAAAUUAAA